CUUGUCCCUUCCGCCCCAUUGCACGCAUAUACACACACACACACACAUCUUACACACCUAACAUCACCUUCCUUUUCUUUCCCCCCUUCAUUUACCUUAGACAGCUUCUGCUCUACUCUCAGGGUCGAGCAGCAGCAGCAGCAGCAGAAGCAGAGUAGAACAGAACAAAGGCCACACACCCACCCACUCACUCACCCAUACGCAUAUACACGCUCCCUCGACGUCAACCCCUCACCACCCACCACCAUGGACAUCCUCGCCUCCUUUCUCCCUUCGCACGGCGCAAAUGCCACUGCCUCCUUUGCCGACUUUGCCACGCCCAAUACAAAUCUCCCCUAUGGCGCAGACCUCUACACCGGAACAGACCCUUCCUCGCUCAACUUCCUAGAAAGGGCAUGGAUGGAUUGGUACAUCUGGAUUGGCAACCCAGUCAUUGCCACUGGGCUCAUGAGCUUCUUGCUACAUGAAUUCGUCUACUUUGGACGCGCCAUUCCCUGGAUCAUCAUCGACUCCAUGCCCUCCAUGCGCAAGUACAAGCUGCAGGAGGACAAGACGGCAACGCCCGCACAGCAGUGGAAGUGCACAAAGUACGUCUUGCUCACUCACUUUACUGUAGAGCUGCCACAGAUUUGGUCUUUCCACCCACUCUGCGAGUACCUCGGUCUAGCAACACACUCUGUCCCCUUCCCACACUGGACCAAGAUGGCAUGGCAAAUUGGCCUCUUCUUCCUCUUCGAAGACAUGUUCCACUACUGGGCUCACCGCGCUCUGCACUGGGGUCCCCUCUACAAGCACAUCCACAAGAAGCAUCACGAAUUCUCUGCCCCCUUUGGUCUCGCAGCCGAAUACGCUCACCCCCUCGAGGUCAUCAUUCUAGGAAUGGGCACAGUAGGCGGUCCUUUCCUCUUCUGCGCCCUCACCAAGGAUCUCCACAUCCUCACCGUCUACGUCUGGAUUGUCAUGCGUCUCUUCCAAGCCAUUGACGCUCACUCGGGUUACGACUUCCCUUGGUCCAUGCACAACUGGGUCCCCUUCUGGGCCGGAGCAGACCACCACGACCAUCACCACAUGGCCUUUGUGGGUUGCUACUCUACCAGCUUCCGAUGGUGGGACCACCUGAUGGGAACUGACCUGAGUUACAAGAGGUUCAGGGCGAGGCAGGCAGAGGAGAAGAGGAAGGCCAAAGAGGCUGGACUGGAAUGGCCUACCAAGCCCGCUACUAAGACGGCGACGGGAGCGCUAUUGAGCAAGGAAAAGGGGUACAGCAUUGGCGAGGGAGAGACAAAGAAGACGCUCUAGAUGCAUAGAUGGAAGUCAGCUCGCCAAACGGACGCGAGCAGUUCGAUGCUUGUCGGCUGGUGGUGGUGAUGGCCCAGCUCAUACGCUUCAGACGCGUGCAUAGAAACUGGCAGACCAGACCAGGCUCGCCGACCAUUGCAUGCAUCGGCAAUCGUCCACGGGUCUCAAGCAUCGCUCUACACGAGGGUGGCCUCUAUAGCAGUGCAGCCUUCCAGUCUGCAAGCUCGGACAGCAGACGGGCCCACUUCCUGCGGUCGCGCCCCCUUUCACAACUCAGUCACCCCACCACUCUCUUCAACUUCUUCAAAGCCUAGAAUGUCCCUUUCAUUUCCCUUUCUCUCCCCAGCCACCUUUGUGCUUUCUUUCACCCUCUUCCCUUUUUUUUGAUCUUUCUGUUUUUUUCUUCCCCUUUCUUGUGCAUUGCUUCUCCUUCCAAACUUUUUUUUCUCUUCCUAGCCACCUCAUUCUUCAUCGAUCAGAU